AUGAUUUCUAUGUUACUCGUCACACUGUUGGUAGUUUUCGCCUGUGGGGAACCUCUUCAUGGGCACUCCAUUGCUGAAAUCGAAGCAAAGCAUCACAUUCACCAUCAACUGCACAAAAGAGACUUUGUAUUGACAACUGAGGCGGAACAGACUGCUGAGAGCACGCAAGAUCAGGCUGAAGUUAGUGGAAGUCGCAAGAAACGUCAAGCAGCUAGAUUAUCGCGAUCACGGCUUUGGUUAGAGGGAUUGAACUACUUCUUCGACGAAUCUCCAACAGCACUAAGGAUGCGAUCAGAAGAGGGAGUAGAACUCUGGGAAAGUAACACCUGCAUUGAUUUCAAAGAGAAUUCUUCUGCCACAGACCGAGUGAAGGUGUUUAUGGGAAGUGGCUGUUGGUCAUACGUCGGCAAAUAUGGCGGCCAACAGCCGCUGUCGUUGGGAGAAGGUUGCGGAACAACC